AUGGCAUCAAAAUUCUAUGCCGUUGUGAUUGGUGCUGGCCCCGGAACAGGCCGUGCAGCAGCGAUUCGCUUCUCCAAGGCGUAUCCAGUGGUCCUGCUCUCUAGGUCGUCAAAGAGCUACGAAGCAACAGUCAAGGAGAUCAACGACGCUGGUGGCAAAGCUAUCGGCAUUGAUGCAGAUGCAAGUAGUAUCGAGUCGCUUAAAGCUGCAUUUGAGACCAUCAAAAAGGAUUUGCCGGACUACAAACUGGCUGCAGCUGUUUUCAACCCAUCUGCCCGGCCAGCGCCGAAGCCCUUCGCAGAGGUUCAGCCAGAGGAGCUCGAGUCUAGCAUCGAUGCCAACAUUCGAGGAUUCUUCAACUUCGCCCAGAAGACUCUGCCGCUCCUUGAGGAGGCUGUUCCCACGUCCAAGUACCCUCCUACCCUGAUCGUGACGGGCGCGACCGCAUCGGUCAGGGGCUCUCCCCGGUUCUCGGCGUUUGCAGCAGGCAAAUGGGCCAAGCGGGCCCUCACGCAGUCGAUUGCCCGCGAGUACCAGCCGAAGGGCGUCCAUGUAGCGCAUGCCGUCAUUGACGGUGUCAUCGACAUUGCCAGGACCAAGUCUUACGAGGUCAAUGGCGGAGUCGAGGACGGGAAGAUUGCUCCUGAUUCCAUUGCAGAGACGUAUUGGAAUUUACACACGCAGCACAGGUCUGGGCUCACUUGGGAAGUCGAUAUCAGGCCAUUUGUUGAGAAGUGGUAA